AUGGAAGAAAUACAGUCUCAGUCGGAUAAUUAUAGGUCUUCUUCAUCAUCGGCUAGUAGUCCGGCGAGUAGGGUACCAUCGAGCAACUUUUUCUAUCUGCGUAAACCCGGUUCGCUGAGGCAACCGAUCUCGUUCGAGGAUUCGCCUGAGUGGGAUGAUACUACGGAUGUUGAUGUUAGAGUUGAUGAAGGAGGUGAUUCUAUUAAUGCUGCAACAACGCCGGCUUCACCUUCUCUCUCGAAGCUCAACAGCGGCUCCUUGCCUUCACCGCAUCUACCGGAAGGUGCUGUCAUUCCAAGGAAAAUUGCCGGGGCUUCUGUUGCUUGGAAAGAUUUGACUGUUACUAUAAAGGGAAAAAGAAAGUACUCUGAUAAGGUUAUUAAGAGUUCAACCGGUUAUGCAUUGCCCGGGACAUUGACUGUAAUCAUGGGCCCGGCUAAAUCAGGGAAAUCUACGUUAUUACGCGCCAUUGCAGGAAGAUUGCAUCCUUCAGCUAGGAUGUAUGGCGAAGUGUUUGUGAACGGAGUGAAAUCACAAAUGCCCUAUGGAUCAUAUGGUUAUGUGGAUAGAGAAACCACUCUGAUCGGAUCCCUCACUGUGCGCGAGUUUCUGUACUAUUCAGCCUUGCUGCAACUUCCCGGUUUCUUUUGUCAGAAAAAGAGUGUAGUAGAAGACGCUAUACACGCAAUGUCGUUAGGUGAGCAUGCAAAUAAGCUUAUAGGCGGCCAUUGCUAUAUGAAAGGACUUCCUAGUGGGGAGAGAAGGCUUGUUAGCAUUGCUAGGGAGCUUGUGAUGAGACCACGCAUUUUAUUUCUCGACGAACCUCUUUAUCAUUUGGACAGUGUCUCGGCACUUUUGAUGAUGGUUACAUUGAGGAGACUUGCGAGCACUGGUUGCACUCUUAUCAUAACCAUUUACCAGAGUAGCACGGAAGUUUUUGGUCUUUUCGACCGAAUUUGUCUGCUUUCGAAUGGAAAUACCUUGUUCUUCGGAGAAACGUUAGCUUGCUUGCAGCACUUUUCGAAUGCUGGAUUUCCUUGUCCGAUCAUGCAAAGUCCUUCUGAUCACUUUUUACGCGCAAUUAAUACAGAUUUUGACAGAAUAAUUGCUAUGUGUAAAAACUGGCAGGAUGACAAUGGAGAUUUUUCUUCCGUAAACAUGGACACUGCUGUUGCUAUACGCACACUUGAAGCAACAUAUAAGUCAUCUGCAGAUGCUGCUUCUGUCGAAACAAUGGUUCUGAAACUCACUGAGAAGGAAGGUCCGGCUCUCAAAAGCAAAGGUAAAGCUAGCAAUGCUACUCGGGUAGCGGUCUUAACGUGGCGAUCUUUAUUGGUCGUGUCAAGAGAAUGGAAAUAUUAUUGGCUUCAUCUUAUUCUUUACGUGCUCCUCACACUGUGCAUCGGUACUGCAUUUUCUGGUUUAGGUCAUUCUCUGUCUUCUGUUGGGGGAAGAGUUGCAGCGAUUUUUGUAUUUGUGUCAUUCUGUUCACUUCUAAGCAUCGCCAGGGUACCUGCACUUUUGAAAGAAAUCCAGAUAUAUGCGUGUGAAGAAUCAAACCAACACUCGAGUACAUUUGUAUUUUUACUUGCGCAGCUCUUGUCGAGCAUUCCGUUUCUUUUUCUCAUCUCCAUUACGUCAAGUUUAGUCUUCUACUUCCUAGUCGGGCUAGAAGAUCAGUUCAGCUUGUUAAUGUACUUCGUGCUGAAUUUUUUCGUGACUCUCUUACUUAACGAAGGAAUCAUGCUAGUUGUCGCUACUUUGUGGCAAGAAGUUUUCUGGAGUGUCUUGACACUCUUAUGCAUACACGUGGUCAUGAUGCUCUCAGCCGGCUAUUUCAGAAUUCGAAGUACAUUGCCAGGACCAAUGUGGAUGUAUCCAAUGUCCUAUAUAGCCUUUCAUACAUACUCAAUUCAGGGGCUAUUGGAGAACGAGUAUUUAGGCACAUCCUUUGCGGUUGGGCAGGUAAGGUCGAUAUCUGGUUAUCAAGCUCUACAAAGCGCGUACAAUAUCUCCCCCGACGCUAACUCGAAAUGGAAAAAUCUGUUGGUUUUGUUUCUGAUGGCAAUAGGUUAUCGAAUUUUUGUGUUUAUUUUAUUAUUUUUGUUCAUAGGGAGAAAAAUAUCUCUGCUUAAAAGUUUCAAGUGUAGCAAUAGGGAUACAACAGAUACAAGUUGA